UGGGCAAGCCCUCCAUGGGAGGGGAAUUUGCUUCACUGCAGGCUUGGGUAUGAGAUGCAGUGUUUUAGUUCAAACUGCUCUCAUCAUUUUGUUUUAGUGUCCAGAGAUAGCGACAUGGUGUGACAAGGCUUCCUGUAUUUUGAGAUCAUUAUGCUCUUUUGAGAACCCUUUUAGCAUGCUGAAGAGAAGUGUCACAAAAUACCUCCAACUUCAGUUCAUUAACCUUUGCUGGUGGUCAAAUGUAGCCAUGGUAGGAAGACCAUACCUGGAGCUGUUGUAGAUGGCUGAGCGCUUCCCUUCACGCUGUCCUUUGUGCGCUGGAGCCUCUGUUUCAGCAAGCCUGGAGUUAAACAGGACCUCUGAAGUCUUUAGGUGUAUAGAGAUUUUACAAGUUUGAGGCAUGAGGACAAACAGGAUUUUCCAAAUGAUUCAGAUAUAGAGAUUCAUGUAUUAUCAGUUAAAAUUGUGUUGGAAACAAAGUUCACAUUCUUGAAGCCUUUCUCUUGAGAUCCACAUCUUUUAAUUGUGUGAGUAUCUGAAGACUUUAGCUACUGAAUACUUGGUGCUGGCCCUGGCAGUGUCUCUGCAGAAAUAAGCAGCGGCAUGUAGGCUUCACUGGGAGCAAAAAAGAUGAGAUAGAAAAUAAAGGGGGAUUCCUCUGCAGUGGGCAUCUGUUCUAGUGAAGUUUUGCAGAAAAUUCAUAUUAGGUUGAAAACCUGUUGUUUCUAAUCACACAUAUGGUUACUGCUACUCAGUAGUUAAGGUCUUGACUUUAUCUUCUGGUUUUGGCGCGUGUAAGAAUUAGUUAUGAAAAAAUACUUAGUGCUGGGCUUUCACUUUAAAUCAACUGCUUGCCAUCCAGCCUGUGUUCCGUUUGCUUUCUGUGUGUUUGUUACUUCUGGCUGUUUUUGAUGCAAGUUGUGAUGAUCUUUGAAUGAUUUAUGGUGGGAAAUAAAUUGGAAAAUUCAAGUUUCCAGAAUUCUUCUUAAACUUUGUAAUUAAAAACUAGCUGCAUAGAACAGAUCAAAAGCCUUAUUUUACAGUAAUCAAAACAACUAUUAAAAUUGAAAAUUUGUCUCUAAGGAUACCUCAUCAGACCAAGAUGCAACAAAAUUCACUCAAAUUGAAUUCAUGUCUCACAAAAGUAUGAAGAGUAUGAAGUAUCUGGUUUGUGUUUUACAGCAGAUGCUAAAGGAGACCAGAACUUUUACACAGACAAUGUCUGAAGUGUAUAUGUACUUGUGUUGUUUUAUUACUUUGUCUUUGCUGCCAUCAGGCUUUACCAUGCUCCGAGCCUUUAGUCACACAAAUGGUAGGUGUGUGUUCCACCACGCUAAGUGUUGGCAUCAUCGUAAGUCUGUGCUGGCAAUCAGGAGGGAAGAUGUCAAUGCUUGGGAAAGAAGAGCACCUCUAGCACCAAAGCAUGUUAAGGAGUUGACAAAGAUGGGAUACAAGGUCUUGGUGCAGCCGUCAAACCGGAGAGCCAUCCAUGAAAAGGAGUAUGUCAAAGCAGGUGCCAUUAUUCAAGAAGAUAUUUCUGAGGCUUCUCUGAUAAUUGGUGUGAAGAGACCUCCAGAGGACAAAUUAAUCCCUAAAAAGAACUAUGCCUUCUUCUCUCACACUAUUAAAGCCCAAGAGGCAAACAUGCCACUUUUGGAUGAGAUUUUAAGACAGGAAAUUCGACUGUUUGACUAUGAAAAAAUGGUUGAUCAUAAAGGAAUGCGAGUUGUGGCCUUUGGAAAGUGGGCUGGUGUAGCAGGAAUGAUCAACAUUCUACAUGGAUUGGGUUUACGGUUUUUAGCUCUGGGUCAUCACACUCCUUUCAUGCACAUUGGGAUGGCACAUAACUACAGGAAUAGCAGUCAGGCUGUGCAGGCAGUACGGGAUGCCGGGUAUGAAAUUUCACUGGGACUGAUGCCAAAGUCCGUGGGGCCCUUAACAUUUGUGUUUACAGGCACUGGUAAUGUUUCUAAGGGUGCUCAAGAACUGUUCAGUGCUCUCCCAUGUGAGUUUGUGGAACCACAUGAGUUAAAGGAAGUUUCCAGAUCUGGAGAUCUCAGGAAAGUCUAUGGAACAGUGUUAAGUCGUCACCAUCAUCUUGUAAGGAAACGUGAUGGACAGUAUGAUCCAGUAGACUAUGACAAACAUCCAGAAAAUUACAUUUCUCGCUUUCACAUUGAUGUCGCACCCUACACAACUUGUUUAAUUAAUGGCAUUUACUGGGAGCAAAAUAGUCCUCGCUUGCUGAGUCGGCAGGACACUCAGAAGCUGCUGGUGCCAGUUAAAUCUGCUGCUGGUGCAACGGAUGGCUGUCCUGAAUUACCACACAGACUUCUGGCCAUAUGCGACAUUUCAGCAGAUACUGGAGGAUCUAUAGAAUUUAUGACUGAGUGUACAACAAUUGACAACCCAUUUUGUAUGUAUGAUGCUGACCAGCAUAUUACUCACGACAGUGUUGAAGGCUCGGGGAUUCUGAUGUGUUCCAUUGACAAUCUGCCAGCUCAGCUUCCUAUAGAAGCAACAGAGUACUUUGGGGAUAUGCUUUUCCCUUAUAUUGAAGAGAUGCUGUUAUCAGAAGGCUCAGAACCUCUUGAAAAGCAGAAUUACUCACCUGUUGUUCGAGAUGCAGUGAUUGCAUCCAAUGGCUCACUGACACCUAAGUAUCAAUAUAUCCAGAAACUGAGAGAGAGCAGGGAACAGGCUCAGUCACUGAAGAUGGGUGAUGAGAAGAGGGUUUUAUUGCUUGGAUCUGGCUAUGUUUCUGGCCCUGUGCUUGAAUAUCUCACUAGAGAUUCCAACAUUGACGUCACAGUUGUAUCUGUCAUGAAGGAGCAACUUGAACAACUGACAACGAAGUACAGAAAUGUUACUCCAGUUCAUAUGGAUGUCCUUAAGCAUGAGGAAAAGCUGUCCUCUUUGGUGAAAAAACACGACCUUGUGAUCAGUUUGCUGCCUUAUUCGGCACAUCCUUUUGUUGCUAAGAAAUGUAUUGACAACAAAGUGAACUUGGUAACAGCCAGCUACUUAACACCAGCCAUGAAAGAACUUCAGGAGAGUGUAGAAGCUGCUGGUAUUACAGUUGUCAGUGAAAUGGGCUUGGAUCCUGGUCUUGAUCACAUGUUAGCGAUGGAAUGUAUUGACAAGGCGAAAGAAGUUGGUGCUACGGUUAUAUCGUACACUUCUUUCUGCGGUGGCCUACCAGCUCCAGAGCACUCUGACAAUCCUCUGAGAUACAAGUUCAGCUGGAGUCCACAAGGAGUGUUGCUGAAUACAGUUCAGUCUGCUACAUAUUUAAAAGAUGGAGAGAUUAUCAAUAUUCCACCUGGAGGAGCUUUACUGGAUUCUGUUACUCCAAUGGAUUUUUUCCCAGGAUUAAACCUUGAAGGUUUUCCUAACAGAGACAGUACAAAAUAUGCUGAGCCAUACGGUAUUCAGACAGCUCGCACUUUACUGAGAGGCACUUUAAGAUACAAAGGGUACUCCAGAACUAUGGGGGGCUUUGUAAAACUCGGAUUAAUUAAUCCAGAUCCUUAUCCUUUGCUAAGCUCAACUAAGCCACCUCUAACCUGGAAAGAGCUCAUGUGCAAACUGGUUGGAAUUAAGUCACCUGCUGAGCCCAGUGUUCUUAGAGAAGCUGUAUUUAGCAAACUGGAGAAGGACAAAAGUCAGCUGGAAGCAGUGGAAUGGUUAGGUUUACUGGGAGAUGAACUGGUUCCAGCAGCAGAUUCCAUUGUAGGGGCUCUUGCAAAGCACAUGGAGACGAAGCUGCCCUUUGGCGCUGGAGAGAGAGAUAUGAUUGUAAUGAGAAGUGAAAUAGGUCUCAGGCAUCCUUCUGGCCAUUUGGAAGACAAAUUUAUUGAUCUGGUUGUCUAUGGGGAUAACAAAGGGUAUUCUGCAAUGGCUAAAACAGUAGGAUACCCCGCAGCUAUUGCUGCUAAAAUGGUUCUAGAUGGUGAAAUAACUGCCAAAGGCAUGGUCAUACCUUUGACAAAGAAUGUUUACGGGCCAAUACUUGAGCGCGUUCGGGCAGAAGGCAUUAUGUACAGCACUCGCAGCGUUAUCAAACAGUAACUGAAAACUGGAUUUAAUCAGGUUUUGGCCUCCUUUGGUUCCCCCACGUCCCCUUUUAGAAUCUCACUUUGGACCAGCUAAGGGCAUUUAAGACCUGCCAUUUCAUAUACAAAUGUUGCCUUCCAUAAAACCCGCCACAAGGCUUGAUGUAGAAACCAUAGAUACUCACAGAUUGUGAUGUUUUCCUCUUAAAAUUCUUAAACUUCUAUGUACAUGUUUUGGCAUCAAUCAGAACUUAUAUCUUUUCUAAAAUAUCUCAGAAGGGUUUUUUAUUGUUAUUAGAGUUUAUCUUCUAAGUCUAUAGGGUUGUUAUUGUGACAAAUUUAAGCUGGAAGAAAAAUCUUAGUGGAUUAUUUUGUGGUGGAAAAGUCUGGGUAAUGAACUCCACUGAUGAA